GUAAAAUACCCAGAGGUUGAAUUGAGCGAACCGGAUGGUGCUGAUGUGUAGCAGCCUAUCCACAGUCAGGACGGCCAAUGAAAUCAAACCAGAGCUCCAUCGUAACUGGUAAGAUUGACGUGAGGGACGCGUCAAAUUAAUCCCAGCAAACUUCAGCCUCCGGUAUAACUCAAAUUUGCCUUUAUUGGAUGAAGAUCACUUCAGUGCCAUUGUACCAAGUAGUUUCUCUCAAAGCACUGUGACAGAACAAGGAAAAGAACAUCGGGAGGAGACAUUUUAGAAGUCCCAUUUGUUCUUCAACUUGUUGCUUCCUUCGUGCAGAAGGGAGAACCACCGCAUUCAGCCAUUGAGGGGCAACUAUUUCAAAGCAUCUCGAACCACAGGCAAAUGGAGCAAACCUAUGGCGAGGUGAAUCAGUUGGGUGGUGUAUUCGUUAAUGGACGACCCCUGCCCAACGCCAUACGACUACGGAUAGUGGAGUUGGCCCAGCUCGGGAUCAGACCCUGCGAUAUCAGUAGGCAACUUCGCGUCUCCCACGGCUGUGUGAGCAAGAUACUAGCACGAUACAAUGAAACGGGUUCCAUUUUACCCGGUGCCAUCGGGGGGAGCAAACCACGCGUUACCACACCGAAUGUGGUGAAGAACAUAAGGGAUUACAAACUAGGUGACCCGGGGAUCUUUGCCUGGGAGAUCCGGGACAGGCUUCUCGCAGACGGAGUUUGUGACAAAUACAACGUGCCCUCAGUAAGCUCCAUCAGCCGGAUUUUACGGAACAAGAUUGGAAAUCUUUCCCAGCCGAACCAGUAUGAGAGCAGCAAGCAAGCCCCCACACAGGCCGGCCUCUCUUACAACCACAUAUACCCCUAUUCAUACCCCAACGCUAUGUCACCCAAUGGCAAAAUGGGCAGCGGUCCCGGAGUACCCGUGACGGCCGGGCAUGUAAGCAUAUCAAGAGCCUGGCCGUCAGCGCACACUGUCACCAACAUUCUGGGUAUCAGGGCCUUCAUGGAUCAUCAAGCUAUUGCUGGAGCAGAGGGAUAUCCACAGAAAAUGGAGGACUGGAGUAGUGUCAACAGAGCGACGUUUCCCUCUGCUCAUACAGUGAACGGAAUUGACAAAUCAGCCAUUGAUGCGGACAUAAAAUAUGCACAGCCUUCAUCAACAUUAUCCAGUUAUGUGCCAGCGUGUGCCUACUCAUCUUCAAACCAGUACAGCGUUUAUAGUGGGCCAGGUAGCUAUGUGACCCCUGGACACCACUGGCAGUCCCAGAACUCGAGUUUGUCCCUCCCAAGCAGCGGCAUGACGAUGCACGCAGGAGACAUCCACUCUUCAAUGGCGUUCAAACAUCCAUCGCGAGAAGGAGACAGAAAGCCCACCAGUCCACUAAGCAAGCAGCAGCAGCACGAGGCGUUGAGCAGUGUACACGGACUCAAUCUCCCUACCUCGUCCUCGUAAGCCAGGGAGCUCGUGCCCCAAACCGAGGACUCAGAACUCACAAUAGGCCUAUGUAACGAGCUGCAGACCCUGCCUUACCUAAUUGAAUGCAUUUCAAGAAUUCAAACAGUAAGUGGAAGCACUAUUUAUGAUUUGUUGCCUAAGUGUUAAAUAUUGAAUGGGCCCUUAUAGCCUAACGUAUAUGCAUACAAAUGUAUCCAACCAUAGAUGACCUACAGUCGGUCUAUGGCCUUGUGAAUGUAAACUUAUGAGGACUUAUGUCCUCAUGCAGUGGAGGUGGUGGUUGGUGGUUUGUCAUCUGUUCAUUUAAAUAACCUACUUCAUGUAUAUUUCUGUAAAAUACAAGAUUUAAAUGCAAUAAUGUCUGUCAUUGAUGUUUCAUUAAACAAGAUUGCUAUAGUCUAAAUAAGGGGUAGCAUUGACAAUUGAACUGUAUCCUGUAUAUGCAAAACAUUAUAUUUUCUUGAUUGGUUUCAAAUCUGGUUUCUGCAUGCAAACUCAACGAUGUGAACAAAGUGAUAAAUUGUAAAUGUAAAAUAACUGCAAAAGCUUUAAUUAUAUAUUUUUUAUAAAUCCAUUGUAAAUAUUCUAAAU